AUGGAUUUUGUUUUCGUUCGAGAUCUGGCGGUGAAGACAAUUACAGGCGUAGAUGCCUGGAAACGCCCCCAGUCUCAGCCUCUGUUGAUUUCUAUUUUCAUUAAUGCCAACAUCAAAGACGUUGGUCGAACCGACCAUCUGAGCAAGUCCUUGAACUAUGAUGUCAUUUCUCGCAAUGUUUCUCAGUAUAUUGAGACUCGACGUUAUCAAUCGCUCGAGCACAUUGCCGAAUCAGUCGCCAAAAAAGUUUUGUCGCAAUGCUCAGACGGGCACUGGACUCGAAUUCAUGUGAAAAAGCCCCGGUCACUUCUGAGAGCUGACUCUAGUGAAAUCGUGAUUGCCCGCCGCCGUGGUCGCUCAGAACAAUUUUUAAAGCACGAUACUCCUGAUUUGGUUCGAAUCAAUAAACUCAAUUUGGUUACAAUUAUUGGUGUAAACCACAUUGAGCGGCUCUAUCGUCAGAAUGUGGAGAUCGACAUCACAAUGUUCAAACCUUUGACUGCAGAUUCAACGUACGACGAGAGAUACGACUAUAGAAUGAUCGCUGAGCGUGUUUGUGAGUUUGUUGAAGCCUCUGCCUACAAAACGAUUGAGUCAUUCGCUCAAUCCGUUGCACAGGUCGUUUGCUCAUUAGGCGUUGAGAAGGUCAAAGUGAGUGCUGCCAAACCUAGCGCUUUAACGUUUGCAGAGGGUGCUGGUGUUGAACUGACUCGCACUGUUUCAGACUUUUCUGCCCAAGAGCUUGAAGCGGUACGUACUCUCAACAAAACUCCUGAGCCCGAGUCUCUUUUCCCUCCUACUGCUGUUGAUCUCACUAAAGACUGCCACAGAGUUUACCUGGCAUUCGGCACAAAUGUUGGUGAGCCCAUAGCUAAUGUGAGACAGGCUAUUCGAGAGUUGGCUUCCCGCGGUGUCGAGGUAUUUGCCACGUCUAAUAUCUACAUCUCAGAGCCAAUGUACGUCCAGGACCAAGAACGGUUCCAUAAUGGUGUUUUUGCAUGCAAUACCUCGUUAUCUCCACAAAAUCUCCUCAAAGUUAUCAAGGAGAUUGAGUACCAGCAAUUCGGACGGGUCAAGGUUAUUGACAACGGCCCCAGGCCAAUGGACCUAGAUAUUCUGCUUUACGAUGAUGCAGUGAUGAACACACCCGAACUGAACAUUCCUCAUAUCGAUAUGCUAAAUCGUGCAUUUGUCUUGCAGCCAUUGGUUGAUGUUGUCUCGCCAGAGCUCUUACAUCCUCUGACUGCUGAACCUUUUGUCAAUCAUCUAGAGCAACUCCCGAAAUCCUCGUUGAAUCAAUCUUCAAGUGCAAUGUCACAGAUUAUACCCUUCGGGCCUACUAGUAACCUGGUUUCCUCUAAAGGGCUCGUUGUUGAUCCCAUCAACCAUUCCGAACCGACGAUAGUCAUGGCAAUUGUAAACCUUACGCCAGACUCAUUCAGCGAUGGAGGGACUGUAACCGUCGAGAACAUUGUCUCAAAAUGCCUGGAACAUGUGAAAAAUGGCGCCCACAUUCUGGAUGUUGGAGGGCUGUCUACUCGUCCCAACUCUCAACCUUGUUCAUCCGAGGAGGAGCUCAACCGAGUUGUUCCUGCUAUUCAGGCAAUACGUGCGCAUCCAGAGCUUGCAAAUAUUCCAAUUUCGAUCGACACUUAUCGGUCAGAGGUAGCAGCGGCAGCACUUGAUGCAGGUGCUAAUAUCAUCAACGAUGUGUUCUCUGGCCGUAUGGACGAAAAUAUAUUCGCAGUAGCAGCCCGAUACGAAGCACCGCUCGUUCUGGGCCAUGCCCGUGGCACUCAGGAGACAAUGAAUUCACUUGCUAAGUAUGAUAAUGUUCUGGGUGAAGUCUCUUGCGAGCUGGCAGAGAGGAUAGAGGUGGCUAUGAAGGCCGGAGUCAAAAGAUGGCAAAUAAUCCUUGAUCCCGGACUAGGAUUUGCCAAAAACCAAGAACAAAACCUGGAGAUUAUAAGGAACUUCUCUGAUCUCCGCCAUUGCCCAGGAGUCGAGGGAUACCCUUGGCUCGUUGGCCCUUCUCGAAAGCGUUUUAUUGGCACAAUCACUGGUGUAGACGAGGCAAAAGAUAGGGUCAUGGGAACUGCCACUGUCUUGACUUCAAUGAUUGCUAACGGUGCCGAUAUUGUUCGUGUGCACGAUACUAAAGCUAUGGCAGAAACCGCCAAAAUGGCUGAUGCUAUUUAUCGUCUCAAACCUUAG